AAUAUACUCUUAAUAACAUUUUUUUUGGAUAUUCAAAUAUUUAGAUCCAAAUUUAGGUUGAAAUACGAACAAAGAAAAGUUACAUUCAACCCCGAAAUCCGAUUUUAUAAUCCAAAUGCAAUCUGAAUCUGUUUUUUAUCCGAAUCUAAAUUUUACACCAAAUUUGAUUGAUUUUCAACCAUGCAAGAGCAUUCGAUAUAAGUAUUUAUUUAAAUUUUGUUUUCCUUAUCUGGUUUUUGAGAAUGGUUCGAUCGAAUAUCUAACGCCAAUCAAAUAUAUUGACAUCAGCUCUUGCACUUUGACUUGUCUUUUUUGGUUUUCUUUUAAUUUUCUUUUCAUGGUGAACCUUUUCGACUACAAAAUUGAAAUUUUAGGACUGGAAACAAAGAAAUUACUUGAAAAACCAGCGGUAUUUUGAGACUAUUUUACUCAUUUCUCAUGCAUAUAUGUUGGAACUGGAUAAAUAUAAAGUUUCAUGGACUGAUUGUAAUUUGCUUUGACGAUCAACUUGACUAAUAAUGUAAAAAAUAAGUAGAAAAUUAACCUUUUUUUUUUCAGGAAGACAACGACAAUUAGUAUUGUUGACUUUUAAGAAAUCGCCUGACACCCCUCAUGUUCGAACCAUAGUAAAUCAAUCAAAUGCUUUUAUCUCCAUUCUCUCUCUGUCCCUCGGUGUGUGUGUGUGUGUGUCUCCGGAAUAGCGCUAUAUCUUCUUCGCCGGAGUUGCAAGAGCCAGAAAAAUUAUGCUUCAGAACAAGCGAAUUAACAAAUUGAAAAUCCGGGAUGGACCCGACCGUCGCACUAGGAAAGAAUUGAUGGACAAUGGCGUCUAACGGGGUAGGCGGCACUGGGGAGAACUGCGACAUCUCCAAAGGAGCAUCGUUCAUCUUUCACGCAGUAAUUCCUAGCAGUAAGCCAAACCCAUCCAUUUCUCCUGAUCUGCCCUCCCCUCAUCGAGGCGUACAAUGGGAAAGCGACACGACGCUCCACGAAAAUGUCGGCCGGUUGCUCAUCGGCUCCAUCAUGUACACUUUUACAGUUCAACAAGACAGGGAAAGAAAGAGAUGGCAAGUGGCCCUAAGAGCCCACUGGAACAGUCAGGCAACCAGGCUUCCGCAUCUUGAGCGCGCGGUCCCUCAUCAAUAAGAGAUCAAGGCUAAAUGUGCGCCACUUGGGUGCUUCUAACUCCUCUUCUUUAGGCGAAUACCCAAUUGAAUAAGCGAACAAAGGCACAUAAAUUCAUUGUUCAGUUAUUUGAUUAUUUUGGA